UACGGCGUUGCUCUGGAUUUCCAUUGUUGCAACUUAAAGGGAAACUUUCACAAUGUCCGGAGCCCCUGAUGUCCUGCAAAUGAAGGAGGAGGAUGUCCUCAAAUUCCUUGCAGCAGGAACUCACUUAGGUGGCACCAACCUUGACUUCAAAAUGGAGCAGUGUAUCUACAAAAGGAAAAGUGAUGGCAUCUACAUCAUAAAUCUGAAAAGAACCUGGGAGAAGCUUCUGUUGGCAGCUCGUGCCAUUGAAAACCCAGCUGAUGUCAGUGUCACAUCCUCCAGGAAUGCUGGCCAGCGAGCUGUGCUGAAGUUUGCUGCUGACACUGGAGCUACUCCCAUUACUGGCCGCUUCACGCCUGGAACCUUCACUACCCAGAUCCAGGCAGCUUUCCGGGAGCCGAGGCUUCCGGUGGUUACUGAUCCCGGGGCUGACCACCAACCUCUCAUAGAGGCAUCUUACGUUAACCUGCCUACCAUUGCUCAGUGUAACAUGGACUCCCUUCUGCACUACGUGGACAUUGCCAUCCGCAGCAACAACAAGGUAACAGUUUUAUGA